CACCACUCUUACUUGCACUAUCUAAUUCUAUGUUUGUACCGACGAUUAAAUCUAAUCCGGUGCCCAUAUCUUCCAAUAACGAUCUACAGAAACGCAAUACCACGCCUCAAAAGACCAUGGCUCCCCCUGCUCCUUACGUACCGCGGCAGGCACCGUAUCCUGUCGUUAGCAGACCAGGCACCAAACCAGUGGAGCCAGUAACCGAACCUAAAAAAAGUUCAGGAAAGGAUCUCAUCGAGGUCGAUCCAGACAAUGACCGACGCAUCAUUGUCACAUUAGCCGAUGGCCGAAAGUAUGCAGCUGAUCGCUAUUGUGCUCACGGAAGAGCCGAUCUUUCACGUCACGGACAAAUUGCAAAAGAAGGCGAUUAUCCACCGGAAGUGGGUCCCGUAUUAUUAUGUCCUAUCCAUUACUGGGAAUUUGCUCUUGAUAAAGGCGGUCUUACAGGGGCCGGCCGUGGCACCAUCAAUGCAUGUCCCAUUGAAGUCGCCAGCGAAUGUAAAAGUGCGCAAAAAGAAUUGCAAUGGUAGCUUAUUUGUAGAAUAGAUCCGAUAAAUGACGGCUGAUAAUACCCCGUGAUUGGAGAUCAUGACGACACCGGCGAUCAUUAAAAAUAUUUUGAUUAGACACCACAUGUAAAAAUAAGA